AUGGUACGCGUGCGCCACUUUUGUCACAGCAGAUUGGAGCUACUAACAAAAUAAAGUGCUUUACCUCUAUAAUCAACUUCUCAGUUAACUCACAAUUGGAUAAUUCUUAAUUGUAACAGUCAUCCCAGUUGGUCACUUUAGUCCCAUUUGAUUAAAGUUUACUGACAAAACGUUGUGCUUUACUCUUACCCAGUUAUUCUAUAUUUACUUGUAAGAUUAACUUCUCAGAUAACUCACCCACAGAUUAAUUUGGUGGGGGUUUAGAACAAAAUGGUAUCUGACAUAGUAAAAUCUUAUAAGCUCUUUACUCACAAAUCCUCUUCCUCCAGCCAUAUAUGUCCACUACCAAAAGCGUCUACCUGUCGAUGUCCCGGUCACCUGCGGUUAUUCGAUGUCUCUGUUCUAUUAGUUUUGGAAAAUUCGAUGUCCCGGUCCGACACCCUUUAUUCACUGUGGAUUUCAACUGGCUUCUGACUCAUUAAUCCCAUGGCUUCCCCGUUGUUUUGAUUAUUAUCUGUUUACAAUAAUCAGACCCCUUAAAACAAAUCAGCGAGUGCAUAUUAACAUUAAACUCCCCAUCGAAUAACUUGAAAUAUUUUCUUGUUUACCCUUAUCUUUCGUCCGCUAAUCUGAAAUUCUACAAAGUAUGUUUUAAUCGAGGGACCAUCUGCAUUACUUCUCACACUUCUACGUACUCAGAUUCACAACGUGACCUCUCUCUUGUUCGGGAAAGUCAUGGAGCUCAAAGCUUUUAUGUUACUGGCCUCCAUUGCAAUUGCUGCAGGUAAACCCAUGUACACUGGAAAAAGAUUUGUUGCCUCAUUAUUCCCAGUGUUCAAGACUGGAUAUACAGAUAAAGAAGCUGGCACCGUCUACAUCGCACACAAACAAGAAGGCAACUGUACCGUGAUUAACAGUGACGGCAAUGUAUAUAAUGUCCUGCUCCAAGACAAUGUCACAGUAACACAAUUCAACCUUCCGCUCAUUUCAGAAUUAGCACUUGGAGGCUAUGUCCAGAAACGUGCUAUAGAAGUUGAAUGCACGGCAUAUGUCACACUUUAUAUUUUGAAUCGACGACAGACAAAAGGGGGUUCUGAAGCCUUUCCUGUGCUACCCGUGGAGUCGCUGUCUGUCACACACAUGGUGCCUACUGUACAGCAUAAUGCUCUGCUGGGCGUCGUCGCUGUCUCAGACAACACAACUGUCACUGUCCAACUGAAGUCUUCAAGGGGAUGCACCUACACCUUCAAUGGCACAACAUACAAGCAGGGAAGUCACCUUACCGCAGUUUUAGAGAAGAGAGACGUUCUCCAGAUAGCUCCUCCAGUACUUCAUCCUCCCAUGUACUGUGAUUUCACUGGAUCUGUCGUGCAGAGUAGCCAUCCAGUAGCCGUGUUUACUGGAUCUGCUGCUGCGAAUAUUCCAAUGGAUAGUUCCUCGGAUUCUGUUAUGAGUCAAGUACCUCCCGUUGAAUCUUGGGGAACAAGCUUUGUUGUAGCCCCCUCGACAGAACGUCGUGUGAUUCGGGUCAUUGCAUUUUACAAUCGUACAACAGUUCACCUCAUUUCAGAAUUUGAUAAUAACAUGAUACGUAAAGAUGAAGGAGAAUCCUACGAUCUGAGUGGUUACGGUACAGGAGGUAUCCAAUAUAUUAACAGCACAAGGCCAAUACUUGUCCUACAAAUAAUUGGAGAAUAUAAAAAAUAUAGUGUUUCCACUUCCAUUGUCCCUGCCAUAGAUAACUAUGGUGUUGAAUAUAUUAUACCUGACAUUCAAACGACCAGCAUGAAAUAUGGACGUAUUAUCUAUAUCAACACCAGUCCAAAUUGCACGUCGAACAUUGACGUUGACGCAAAAUGGACAUCAAAGGUAUCGCGUUACUACCAAGUCGCAUUAACGACAAUCAGGGCCCCUUAUAACUUGACCACCAUAAGAAGUAACUCAAUAAACUGCCCAUUUGCUGUGCGUGUCACUGGCCUUGGCAAUGAAGAAAGGUUUGGGUUCUACGGCAGUAGAAGUAUGCUUCAAGUCGAAGCUCUGCCUGGCGCAGUUAAGCUGACAUGCACACCAGGGGCCUGGCGGGUGACGAUGGACAUACACAAACUGGCUCGAGCCUACCCAGUUGCUGUCAGUAAGAAUAUCUACAUGUCGAACACAUAUUGUCCUGGAGUCCUCAUGGGAGAUGUCCUCGUCUUCAACUACUCGUAUAAUGAUUGCAAUACAAUGACCAAGAAAAGCAACACAUCGAUGACGUUCAGCAAUUAUCUGACUGAAUAUGAAAGGGAUCCCGAAACAGAUCUGGUGACAGGUGAAAAGUGGCGUUACAUCCUUGAAUGUGAUCUUCCCACUGAAACUGACACUAUUAAAUUCGUUCCUAUCAGUCCAGUUGCGGCUUCAGGACAAACAUCUGGCAAUGUCGAAGAACAUGAAGCAGUUAUCACGUGUUUCAGUGACAGAGCUUAUAAAAAUGAAAUAAUGGGAAACCCUUUGAAGAUGGACCUUGUCUCAGAUGUUUAUGUUCAGGUUGCGAUGAAGGAUGUUACUGACCUCAAACUGUUGGUGGACAACUGCUACCUCAAUGACAAUAACGGGGCGGACAACUGUACAGCUGUGCCACUUAUUCAGAAUAGAUGUGAAGCCAAUCACUUCACCCAUGUAAUAGGCCACGUCGAUAAGCUUACCCGGUUCUACUUCGAUUCUUCUCAGCUGCCCAGUCACUACAACAGCACCAACGUCACCUGUGACGUCAGUUUCUGUUCACUCACAGACUUCUCUCCGGAAUGUCAAAGUGGAUGUCAGAAGACAUCCCAGUAGGGUAAUAGAUAGGUUUGAUUAAAGACCAGGCCUCAGCA